AUGGACGACCCAGCCUUCGCCACCACCGAUACGGAUCUCACCACGCAAUCCAUCCUUCUGGCGUCCUCCAACCACGACCUCGCCGCUCUGAAACCCCUCCUGCGCGUGCCCGGAAACGCAAGUGUGCAAGAUCCCGAGACGGGGUUCACCCCGCUGCACGCUGCGAUUUCGGCGUGCGGGCCGGCCGCUGCGUCAAUCAUCGAGAGCGCUGGGAGAGAAGGACGGAGUGGGGAGGAAGGAGAAGGGGGAGAGGAAGUCGAUGUCGAUAUGGAGAGGGCGAAGAAAGUGGUCGAAGAGCUGUUCUUCAGCGGCGCGAUAUGGAAUGAUCUCGAUGCGAAUGGCGAGACGCCGGCGUGUCUGGCGUGGAGGCUGGGGAGGAUGGAGCUGUAUGAGAUGUGUGUGAAUGCUGGGGUGCGGGCGGAGUUGCUGUUGGGAUUGAUGGAGGGGGGUGGGUACGAGGUUUUGGAGGGGGAGGGGAGUGAUGAGGAGGAGGGGGAGGCUGGUGAGGGGUUGGAUGUCGAUGUCGAUGUCGAUGGGGAUGUGGAUGCGGAUGGGGAGACGCAAGUGCCAGCGCGAGAUCCUGGUGCAGAGGGUGCGAAAGGCAAUAGUACCGCUGCGAACAAGGGAGAUGAAUCUGCCGCUGAACCCAGACGGGAUCCUCCCUCCAAAACAUCGCGGGAAAAUGGAGGAACAAAAACAGAAACAGAAGCAGAAGCAGAAGCGGGAAAGGGAAACGGAGAGAAGAAGCAAGACGUUAACUCCGCCACGUACCUCUCCUCUGCCCUGACCUUCACCCAAGACGCUCUCCUCGACGCCGACAACAACGGCGUAAUGAUGACUUGGGAAACGUCCAUCAUGCGCCGCACCGUCGAGCUCCUCCUCCCCGCCCCCAAACCAGGCGGCGCUCGCAUCCUCAACAUCGGUUUCGGGAUGGGCAUCAUCGAUCGCCUCUUCCGCGCCACGCUGCCCCUCACCCACCACAUAAUCGAGGCACACCCCACCGUGCUCGCCCGUCUCUCCUCCGACACCACCUCUGAUUUCGGCCCCGCGUGGGAAAAAUCUGCGCCCGCCAGCGGUGACGGCGGCAGCUACAAAAUCCACGCGGGGAAAUGGCAGGACAUCUGCCCUCUCCUGCUGCAACAAGGCCAAGUCUACGAUGCCAUCUACUUCGACACCUUCGGCGAGGAUUACUCCCAGCUCAAGCUCUUCUUCACGGAGUUUCUGCCGGGCCUGCUGGAUGCGGAAGGCAGGUUUGGGUGGUUCAAUGGGCUCGGUGCCGAUCGCAGGGUGUGCUAUGAUGUUUACUGCAGGGUGGUGGAGAUGCAUCUGUUAGACGCCGGUUGCGAUGUUGAGUGGGAGGAUGUAGAGGUGCAGGGGCUGGGCGAGGAGGGGGAGGGGGAAUGGAAGGGGGUGAGGAGGAGGUAUUGGGUAUUGGACAAGUACCGCUUACCCGUCUGUCGAUUUCUGGGGUAG